UCCAUAUUACCACCAUCUAAUUACAACUACUCUCGUUUCUUCGAAGCAUUUCGAUACCCUUCGCUUAUUGUCUCAACUUCAGCAUAUCCGCAACCCUCACCAUGCGCUACUCUUUCUUUGCUCUGGCCGCAGCCGGCGUCCUUGCCUCGGCCCAGUCUACAAUUCCUCUCGGGGAGAAUUGUACUCCAGGCGGUACUCCGUGUGCCGGCGGUGCCAACUGCUAUGCCACCAACUCGAUGCUCCAGCCCCGAUGCGGAAACUUCCAAUCAUCAUGCACCAGCGACGCGCAAUGUGCAUUCAAUACCUGUAAUGGUGGCUUGUGCAAUGGCCCCAAGCCUUCUUCUGCACCAGUCCCUUCUUCCACUCCACCGGCUACAACUCCCAUUCCCCUGGGCGAGCAGUGCACUCCAGGUGGCACCCCAUGUGCUAAUGGUGCCAAUUGCUACGCUACCAACUCGAUGCUUCAGCCACGAUGCGGAAACUUCCAGUCUUCUUGCACCAGCGAUGCCCAAUGUGCAUACAACACCUGCAACGGCGGCUUCUGCAGUGGCCCAAAGGCUUCUUCCUCAACCCCACCGACCGUCACAAGCUCAGCUGCGCCCGGAUGGAGCCCUGCCCCAUCACCGACGAUUAGUGCGCCCGCUGGAUCUCUUGCUCUGGGCGCUGAGUGCAAUCCCUAUGUCACCCCUAGCCAGUGUAUGGCGGGUGUGGAGUGCUGGGCCAGCAACGCCGGUUUGAUCGCGAAAUGUGGUAACUUCAACGCCGCAUGCAAGACCGAUGCGCAGUGCGCCUACAACACUUGCAACAACGGCAUUUGCAACGGUCUUCGUAUGUCUUCCUCUGGUCUGCCUGUGGCUUCUUCCACCCCAGUCCCAGGAACCCUGAGUGUCCAGCCUACUCCUUCUUCCGGCUCGAGUGGAAACGGUACCGUGCACCCAUCUCACACUCCCUCCACCACUUCGUCCGGCACCCCAGAGUUCACUGGCGCCGCAUCAGCUGAGAAAGUAGCGGGCGGCAUUUUCGCUAUUGUCUUUGGUGCCAUCGCCAUGGGCUUGUAAGGUUGUGAACAUGUCUAGCCAUGAACUAAUGAUGGAUUGAUGGGACAGAAUAAUGUUUGUUUUUUGCGCUCAUGCCGAUCUCUUCUUACUGUUUUCAGCGUGUACAUACAUAUAGACUAAUAAUGCACAUAAUCAAUAUCCUUGAA